AUGGCCUGGUCCCCGGCGGAAGUACUAGAGAGUUCGCUGCGCUCACGCACCGGUGACUUAACGAGCAAGGGCGCUGGCGAGUUGGCUGUUCACGCCGCGCAGGCUGGCGCGGCUGCUGUCAUAGUUAUCCCGCCCUAUUACGAAGCUCACAACCUCGAGGAGACACGCAAGUUCCUCCAAGACAUCCAUAACGCAAGUGGACUACCUAUUAUCUACUACAAUAUCCCGAGCAUCAGCGGUUUGACUUUAUCAGCCCAGAAUAUUGCAUCACUUUCGGACGUCGCUGCGAGCACAAAGGGUUCCAUCUGGGGUGCCGUCAAUAUCAUUCCCAAGCUUUCUGUUGAGCGUUGGAACGCUCUAGCCGUAGAGGACGAUUUGAAGAAGGGUCGGGAGGUCUGGGAAAAGAUUUUCCCAAUCUGCAUAGAGCUUCGGAUAUGGAAGACUGGAGGGGUCAGGAAGCCAUCUGCUCCUCUCAAGGAGGGUCCUCAGGCCGAAUUGGCUGCUUUGCUCGAAACCGCGAGAGUCAAGCUAUAA